CCUGAGAUUAGAACGGGGGCAUAAAAGUCCCAGAUUGCAUUUUCAAAGGGCAAGGGAGAACCAUGAAGUUGAUAUUACUUCUGACGUUGAUUGUCCCAACACUCGCCAGCCCAAAUACGCUCCGCUUUGACAGGGAGAAGGUGUUGAGGGUGAGGCUCCAGGAUGAAAAACAAGUGAGCAUCUUCAAGGACUUGGCUGACACUGUUCUGCUUGACUUCUGGCAUCCUAGUUCCAUUCAUGAUGUUGUACCUAAAAUGGAGGUGGACUUCCAUGUUGGCCAAGAUCAGUUCCAACACGUCCAGUCUGUUUUGGAUAAAAAUAAAAUGCAAUAUGAAGUCCUGAUUUAUGAUCUGCAAGAAGAGAUUGAAAAACAGUUUGAUGUGAAAGAUGAUAGUCCUGGCAGACACAGCUAUUCAAAAUACAAUGAAUGGAGCAAGAUCGCUGCUUGGACUCAACGAAUGACAGAAAAAAGUCCAGAAUUGAUCUCUCGUCUUGAAAUUGGAAGAACUGGGGAAAAUAAUCCAAUGUAUGUUCUCAAGGUUGGGAAAAAGAGUGGAAAGAACAGGGCCAUUUUCAUGGACUGUGGAAUUCAUGCACGAGAAUGGAUUUCUCCUGCCUUCUGCCAGUGGUUUGUCUAUCAGGCCACCAAAACCUAUGGAAAAAAUAAAAUUAUGACAAAACUUCUGGACAGGAUGAAUUUUUAUGUCCUUCCUGUAUUCAAUGUUGAUGGCUACAUCUGGACUUGGACCAAAGACCGAUUGUGGAGGAAAAACAGAGCAAAGACUUCCAACUCCAAGUGCAUAGGGGUCGACCUCAACAGGAAUUUUGAUGCUUCAUGGGAUUCUAAGCUUGGGUCAAACAAUCCUUGCAGUGAAAUCUAUCGGGGAAAAGCACCUGAAUCUGAAAAAGAGACUAAAGCUGUGGUUGACUUCAUUCGAAAAAAUCGUCAUGAAAUUGAAGCCUAUCUGUCUUUCCAUGCCUACUCCCAGAUGCUCCUGUUUCCCUAUGGCUACACUGAAGCCCGGGUACCCAAUGAUGAUGAACUGAGCAAAAUUUCCAGACUUGCCACAGAAGCUUUGGCAACUCGAUAUCAAACACAGUAUGUCUACGGACCCAUCGCAACAACAAUUUAUCCAACUUACGGUUCAUCUAUCGACUGGGCUUACGACUUUGGCAUCACGCGUUCAUUUGCUUUUGAGCUCCGAGAUAAAGGCAGAUAUGGUUUUCUCCUCCCAGAAUCUCAGAUAAAGCAAACCUGUAAAGAGACCAUGUUUGCUGUCAAAGCUAUUGCUAAGUAUAUCCUCAAAAAUCCUCUUUAAACAUCUUUUUUUUUCCUGUUCUAUAAUAAGCCAAUUAAUUCCCUUUUCAUUGUAAUAGAUAUAUGUAACUUCCAUAAUACUCUUACCCUUGGAUGAAUUAUCCUCAUUGCUUGGAAAAUUCUUAUUCUCGAGUCUUAAUAACUCCAUUCAACUAAUUUCUUUAUUAAUUUUCCCACUAACUCAGUUAGCUUUUGCUUGCCACAAUACACAGCCUAACAAAGGGAAUUAAAUCAAGAAAAACAAAGAUCUUAGAUCUUUUUUCAUGCAACUGCAAGAAAAAAAGAAAGUUUUUCCUUUGCAUUCAACACAGUUGAUUGUUCUGAUGUUGUUUACAUAUUACCGCUUUACAUAAGUCCAGGAGAGGCUACUAUCCAUUCCCUUCAUGAAGUGGAUUACAAAAAGAAUUUGAGGUUCAGAGAUGGUUUGAGUUUUACAUGACCUUAAAGACAUGGAAGAUUCCUAAUGGCCUCAUGCCUCCUGAAUCAUAGGACCAAGCGGAAUAGUCAUAAUAGUGGCAUAGAGUCAGAACACUCAGGUUCAAAUCUUGCCUCUGACAUUUAUUACCUGUUUGACCUGGACUCAAAUUUUUCAUCUGUCAAGUGACACAUUUGGACUAAUCCAACAUCUUCAUUUUACUGAUGAGAAGAUGGAAGUCCAGAAAAGUGAAGCCAAUUACUCAGUAAAGCAGUUAAUUUGUGGUAAAGCUCUCAUUCCUUCUUAGGUCUCAUUAUACUUAGUCCAAUGGUGCCUUUCUACUUCUCCUGAAUCAUAUUUUCCCACUGUGGCUUUGUUAUCACACUGCAAAUUUCCAGGCUCAAAUAUACCCAUAUAUCCUUCUUCUCCCCAUUCUUAAAACACACACACGCAUGCACACCCACACACUUCACAUACACACUUAAACGUUAGAAGAUACAUCUACUCUUGAAGAUUCUUAUACAACUAUGCUUUCAUUCAUUAAAAUGGGUAAUUAAGAACUGAUGACAUAUUGUAUCAUUCUGUGAAAAAUUACCUGAAAUAUUCUUAAGUUUGAUUUCUCAACGUACAUUUGUUGAAUUAUACAAAGUAAAUAUGGAUUUUAUUUCUAUAUAGACUAAAGAAUGCUAAGGUAGGAAAUAAAAUGAUCUGUAAUGGAAAAA